AUGAGGGUGUCCUCGGUGCUUCUCUGCAAAGAGUGCACACCCUGGCAGUGGCUCCUGGUCACAGCCUCCUUUUUAACCUAUUGGCACCUGUCUACAACUGACCAUGUGGCCAUUGAAUCACUGCCACCCCAAGUGGUCGAAGGAGAAAACGUCCUUUUCCUUGUCCAGAAUCUGCCAGAGAAUCUUAUAGCCUUUGCUUGGUUCAGAGGGCUCAGAAGUAUGAAACGAGGAAUUGCAAUGUAUACACUGCACAACAAUUUAAGUGAUGCAGGGCCUGUGCACAGCGGUAGAGAGACAAUAUAUCACAAUGGAUCCCUGCUGCUGGAAAAGGUCACCCAGAAGGACACAGGAUACUAUACGCUAAGAACAUAUAACAGACAGGGGAAAACCAUAUCAACAACAUCCAUGUACCUCCACGUGUAUGCCUUCCUUUGGAAGUGUGGGCGCCUUUCCACCUCUGCCCAACCUACUGUUGAAUUAGUGCCACCCAGCGUUGCUGAAGGGGGAAGUGUUCUUCUACGCAUUCACAAUCCUCCGGAGAAUAUUGUAGCCUUUGCCUGGUUCAAAGGAACGACUGUCUUUAAGAACCAGGAAGUUGUCCGAUACAUAACAGACAGGAAAUUAAGUGUGACCGGGCCUGCAUACACUGGAAGAGAGACAUUGUACAGGGAUGGAUCCCUGCUGCUACAUGGUGUCACUCAGAAAGAUCCUGGAUUUUACACUGUACGAAUUCUGAGAUCAGACAUGGGAAAUGAAGAUGCACGAGUGCAACUCCAGGUGGACACCUCCCUUUUUCUGUGUUGUAAUCCCCUCACUUCUUUACAACUCAUGAUCCAACCGGUGCCUCAGUAUCCUGCUGAAGGGGAAGGCGUACUUCUCCAAGUUCAUAAUCUUCCCAAAGAUUGGCUAGCUUUUUCCUGGUACAAAUUCAUAUAUAGGUCCCAGGUCCUUAGAAUCGUUGAAUACAGCACAAUCACGUAUGCCGCCGUCUCCUGGGAACCUGCAUACAGAGAAAGAGGGGUGGUGUACGACAACGGAUCCCUGAUGCUCAAGGAUGUCACUGAGAAAGAUGCGGGAAUGUACACACUUGCAGUUUUAAAGAAAGAUUUCAAAAUAGAAGAGGCAUAUGUGCAAUUUAAUUUAAAGAAGUAUGUGACACAGCCCUUUGUGCGAAUCACUGACACCACAGUCGCAGGACGUAGAUCUGUGACCUUCUCCUGCAUAUCACCCGACACUGAUAUCUCUAUCCAUUGGAUCUUCAAUAACCAGAGUCUGAAGAUCACAGAGAGGAUGACUCUGUCCCCGACAAAGUGUGGACUUCGAAUAGAUCCUGUCAGGGGUGAGGAUGCUGGAGAGUAUAAGUGUGAAGUCUACAACCGAUUCAGUUUGAAGACCAGUCUCCCAGUCAGCCUGGUUGUGAUGGAUAAGUGA